AUGGCUGCACGUAACUGGAGUCGAGGUCCUGGUUAUGGUGGUGGGUAUAUGGGCCCAAGUUCCGGCAGCAUACCGGGUGCCAUGGGUUUUUACGGUAAUCCAAUGGACCGCCGAUCAAUGUACAAUACGAGCCCAAUGGGCAAGCCUGACAGUUGGGGCGGGAGUUACCGUGAUGACCCUUAUCGCCGUCCGCGCGAUGACUAUCGCGGUGGAAAGCGACCCAAGGGGAAGAGUCCAAUGGGUGACAAGCGCCCCCAUCACGAUACUUUCGUUCCUCGAAAAGAUAACCGUCCGGUGAAGCGUCCCCAGUCCAGUGGCCACUACGAAGUUAAAGUGCCCCGGAUGCCCCUUAAUAUAAAGUCUGCGACGUUCCCCGAGGCCAAGCUGCUUCAUCCGCACCUGUCUAUUCCAGGAGACUUUUCUAAAGCCUGCUUUUCUUGGCAGGAUGCCUUUCCAAUGCACGAGCCAAUGAAACUAGGCACAAAGACCGAUAUCUACGUAUGA